AGUCGGUCGCGAGCAUAGAAAGCAUACGAUCAUCCUCAUGAACCUGAAACGAUUAAAGAAGGAAGAAGCUACUAGGAAUGAACGAUUCUUCGCCGUCACAUAGCUGGAUCUGAAAGAUGGCGGUGGCACAGAGGAUCUUUAACUCCACCCAGCCGUUCUACAUGUCCACAAACCAGCCUAAACUCAAGGUCUUCAGCAGCCUCGCUUCCAGCCCCGAGCUACCGUUGCCUGUCGCCUCUGCGAAGGACGAUAAACCGACGAUAAAUCUGAUGGAUUAUUCCAACUUCCUUUUGAAGGUCAUCUCUCAUGGAACAGCCAAGCAUUUAGGCACAGGACCUCUGAUCAGCGAGAAACAUUCCAUCAUCGCCCAGGCAGAGUGUGAAUCUCAAGACUCACAGGAAUUCUGUCCCAACAGCAGACAUAAAAACACCUACAGCAACCUCAGGGCAGCCCUGUCCUUACCCCAAGGCUCGGUUUCUCAUCGGAAGCCCAGGAAAAAGCGACGAAAGAGACAGCGGAGGAGAGUUUCCCAAAGGGAGGGACAACAGAGGGACGGAGGGAGCGAGAGAGAGAGAGACAGAAGAGUUAAUAGAGUGCCACAACAGGACAGCGGAGAGCUUGAAUGUAGCUACAUCAGCACAGAAAGCCUGUCUGUGCAGGAGACAGCGGAGUCAUCCUGCUCCCUUCACCCGGGCCUCAUUUCCACUCAGCUAUCUAACCAACCAUGGGAGUGCCUUUUCGCUCCUCCGCAUGACCCGCCGUCCUAUAGCCAGGAGAGCGAGCGCUCGCUAGACCCCGAUUCGCCGUUCAUCAGCGAAGCCGAAUGCAGACUCGCGCUAGCAGGCCUCAGGAACAACGUCUCACAGGCCGAGUGUUCGUUCGCCCCGGCGUUCGCCAGACAGUUGGUCCGGGACCUGAACGCCAGAGAAGAAAAAGAGGACAGAGAGGAGGAGCUGGAAGAGAGCGACACAAACGAAGGGAUUCUCUUUAAAGAGGAGCUACAGCCACAGGACUAUGAAUAUCGAGAGGGAAGGGAUUACGAGCUCUGUGAUUUACUAAAGCAAGGAUCGUUCGGAGAGGUCUACAGCAUCAGGGACAAAUCUAGCGGCUUUGUGUGUGCUGCCAAAAAGGUGCCGUUAGAACGUUUCAGAAGUGAGGAGGUGGGCUCGUGGAGUGCCCUACAGUCUCCUCACGUGGUGGAAUUGUUCGGAUUUGUCCGAGAGGGUCGGUCCGUCAUCCUGUUCAUGGAUCUCAAACCAGGCACUCUGGGGCAAUCGUUGGCAGAAAGGGGUCGCUUGCACGAGGAUCUCUCGCUGCACUACAUGCACCAGGUCCUGGGGGCACUAGAGCACCUACACAAGCGGCGCAUCCUUCACCUGGAUGUCAAAGCGGAUAACGUGUUGCUGUCUGAAGACGGGAAAAACACGUUCCUGUGUGACUUCGGCGAGUCAGAGCGACUAGACCUGAACGGAUUCAGUCCGUUUCAAGCUCUGAAGGGGACAGAGACUCACAUGGCUCCUGAGGUGGCACGUGGAGAGAAGCGCUGUGCCAAGGCGGAUAUAUGGAGCAGCUGCUGCAUGCUACUGCACAUGCUCAACGGCUGCCAGCCAUGGACGCGCUACUACUCUCGCCCUCUCUACCUCAAAAUAGCCGAAGAGCCGCCGCCCCUGAGAGAGAUACCUCCUGACUGCAGCCCGCAUACUGCUGAUGUCAUCAAACUGGGACUGCAUGGAGACCCGAGCCGAAGAGCCUCAGCCAAGGAUCUUAGAGUUCAAACAGCGAAAGCACUUAAACAACUGGGAGGUCUUCAGAGCCCAGCAAGGGGAGGAGCUUAUCAAGAGCCAAUUAGGAAGCCAGAAAGGUGUGUGCCCAGCCCCUUCUCCAAUAGCUCUGUGCAGCAGUGGAUGGGCCCAGGGCAGGAGCAGAGAGAGCGGGCUGGACCGAGGGCCGAGCCGAGGGCCGAGCCGAGGUGCCGUAAACAACAAGUGGAAAAACAGGAUGACGUGAAGGAGGAGAACGACAGGGAUGAAAAGGUCGUGUCGAGAAAGGAGAGUUACCUCACUCCAUCCUCGCCCGUCUACUUUCAUUCUCCACCACCCGAAUCCUACAAACCCACAGAGCAGGAGCUCCGCAAACUCGAGAGGGAAUUUUUCCUGAGCAGUCUUUCUCAGCCGCAUUCGGUUGAGCUGCAGGAGCAACUUCUUUCUUGCCUGGGUAGUGACUGCCUUUCUAACAGAGAGCCAGGAGACAAAAAGGAUUCUGGCCGAUGGUCACUCGGCACCGGGGACGACCUCAGCUCGGGUGUGUUUUCCUACAACAGCCAAUCAGAUGGCCAGAGCUUCAGUAUGGAUUGGCUUGGUCCCGCCCACCAGCCCCCAUCUCGCUGCUUUGAGGGAGUGGACGUUUGUAUCAGGGACUUCAACGGGCGAUGCCUCCGUAUCCGUGAAACCCCCCGUGCGAAAGUGGGUCACAUCGCCAUAGGAAUCAGUGAGCAGAUCUCAGAGAGCGUGUUCAGUCUGCAGAGCGAGGACGGUUCUGUGGUGUCCCACGAUAAGCAAGUACAGGAAGCCGGUCUCUUCCUGCGCUGUGUCCGCGCCCCUGAUCCCUCUCACGUCCAACAGCAACGACAAGCUUCCUGCUGCUACAUGCCAUGGAGCUGGAGGAUCAGGGACGGAAAGCUGGAGACCAGGAACUAAUGUCUUUAUUAUCUUCUCUGCUGUCUGUCAUUUACGCAUUUCACUUUUUAUAUGAUCUCGUCUUGCACUUAAACAUUCCUCAACUUAGAUCCUCUUAUAUUGCCUGUAUUUUAUGUUUACCUGCCAGCACGUUUGCGAAUUUUUUAAGCGCCGCUUCCGAUAUGCCACGAACUUAUUGAUUUUAAAUUCUUAGUGUGAACUGUGAGGUGGGAUGUAGUAGCCUAAUGGUUAAGGCGUUGGACUACUGAUACUGAAGGUCAUGAGUUCGACUCCCAGGUCCACCAAGCUGCCACUGCAGGGCCCCUGAGCAAGGCCCUUAACCCUCAAUUGCUCAGGUGUAUAAAUUGAAAUAAAAUGUAAGUCGCUCUGGAUAAGAGUGUCUGCUAAAUGGGAGAAAUGUAAACGUCUCAAUGUUAAAAUAACGGUUUUACUGAUGUUUGUGUAUUUUAGGAACUCAUAGCCUCAAAUUUCAUUUCUGACAAUCAAUCAAAGUCAGUACAUAUGCUUUCAUUUCUGAUCAGACAAAUCAGCACGCUUUAUUUUUCAUCGUAUUAUCUACAAUGCAAUAUGUCUUCUUGCCUCAUCAUGUGUCAGUGCAGCAAAUAAACCCUGUGAUGCAUCAA